AUGCGAUACUCAUUUGUUCUGCAUAGAAUAAAAUUCUUCCCGGAUAUUGUCAAAUCUGUAGGGGCGAAAAGAAAUUAUUACGAUUCUCCAUAUAGUCUUAUACGUGUGACCUGUUAUAUUCAUUUGCAAUGUGAUCGUGGUGGAUCAAGUAUGUGUCUCGAUUGGCGCGAAGUAUGUGAUGGAAGAAUAGAUUGUAUUGAUGAAGCACAUUGUUUUCAGGUGGAAGUAAAUGACUGCGAUGUAAAUGAAUAUCGACGUCAUAAUGGAUUAUGUAUAUCGGAUGAAUUUUUAACGGACAAUCUCGCACAAUGCCUCGAUAUGUCGGACUUUCAUACUGCAGAAUACACACACAAUGCGUACGAAAAUAACUAUGUAUUCGAAAAAGAAGAACAUUCGUGUCAGCCAGGCAAAGAAACUUUUUCAUGCGGAAACAAACAAUGCGUGACAGAUUUUGAUAAAUACUGUUAUCUUAAUGAUGAUGAAGAAGAUUACAAACUAAGUUGUACGAUUAAUGAUAUUCUACGUUUCAAAUGUAACAAUGAAAACAAAUGCUAUUCGUCUGUAUACCCUGGGAAAGAAACAUGUCCUCCAUGGCGUCUACGUAACUUGGAAGAGAUUCCAUUUGUACACUUAGGAUCACAACCUGAUGAAGAUUGGACUCGAGCGAUUCAUCAUGAACUCAACAUAAAACGACGAACAUGCACUACAUUUAUUCCAAGUUCUUCAGUAACUGAUGAUAGAAGUGCAAAUGAGGUUCCAUGUGGUUGUAAACGUCUUCGUCGUGAACAUUCUUGGGAUAUUUCUAAUGGAACAGAUCCUAGAUGGCGCCAAGAAAAACAUACAAGGCCGGCCUACAAUAAUGCGUAUGGCUACAUACCAAAUACUCAUUCGCAUUAUAUUCGAUGCGAUAUUGAAACACAGCCAAGUAUUCUUGCUCAAUUAAUGUAUGACGUAUGGAAAACUAAAAAACCAAAAUUAAUCAUGUGUAUCAUUGGAGGAGCUAAAUAUUUCAAAUUAAGCGAACGGCUCGAACGAGAAUUUAUUAAGGGUAUUAUUCAAGCUUCAUUGAGAGCAGACGGUUGGAUUGUAACAACAGGAUUUAAAACGGGUGUUGUACAACUUGUUGGUGAAGCUAUUCAUGAUCAUAAAGUAACUAAUCCACGAAGUCAUAUUGUUGCUAUCGGUUGUUCGAAAUGGGGUGCAGCUAAAAAUCGAGCAUCACUCAUACGAAAAAAAACAUCAACUAAUCCUACUCAGGAUGCAACACUACGCGAAUCAAAAAUUUUAAGAGACCAACGAGAUCUUGAACCUAAUCAUACGCAUUUUCUAUUACUUGACGAUGGAACUUACUAUGGAUAUGACAUUGGAGAUUAUCGAACAAGAUUUGUUAUUGAAGUUUCACAUUAUAAAAGGGAAGAUGUUCCUGUUGUGACUGUAGUUGUUGAAGGUGGUCCAAAUACAUUAUUCACGAUUUACCAGGAUCUUUCUAAUAAUAUACCAAUAGUAUUGAUUGAUGGUAGCGGCCGAGUGCCUAAUCUUCUUGCUAACUUUCUGAAUCGUACAGAAUCAAUGAUUAAUCGACGUGGAAAAGAUGACAGUGGUGUUAAUUGGAAGGAAGUAAUCGAUAUCAAACAAGCUGAUGAUGUCGAAAAAUUAAAAACAAAAUUUCUUGUUUAUGUAGAUGAAAUAUAUGAUGGUUUAAAGGAUAUAUCAAAAGGGUCAAAAAUAUCAAAAGAAGAAAUGGAUAAUUUAUUUAAAUCUUUUCUUUAUUGUCUACAGCCAGCUAUUCGAUCGAAAAUUCGAAUAUUUAGUCUUGAUAGUGGUCAAAAUUUAAAUGAUACUAUUUUUGAAGCUAUUGUAGAAGCAAAACAACAUAGAAGCUUGGAAACAAAUAAAGCAGUUGAUCGAAAACAGUUAUUACGUUUGGCACUCGCUUGGAAUGCUAUUCAAGUAGCGAAAGACCAUAUCAUUAAAGAUGAUUUAAAUGAUAUUAGCUCACAAGUUAAAGAACAACUGUUUUUUGAAGCUCUUAUACUUGAUCGUCCACAAUUUGUCAAUAUCUUUAUCAAAUUAAAUUUUGAUUUAGCUCAAAUGUUUUAUGAAAAUAAAAUAAAUCAACCGUGGCAAUUAAAAUGGCUUCAGCUAAAGAGGUUAUACGAAAAGGAUGCCAAAAAAAGUAAGGAACGUCUUUAUUUACUUGAUAAAUGUUGUGACAAGAAGCCAAUUAUUUCUGGAGGAGAUCUUGAUUUAGUGUUGAAAAAAUUAAUAGGUGAUUAUGUUGAAUCAAUAUAUACUGAUACGUCAACUGGUUUCUGGAGACGACUACGAAUAUGUUGUCAAUGUCAGAUAGGACGUGUUUCGGAUGGUCGUGAGAUUUUGUAUACAGAUUAUAAUGACAAUGAUUCUGAAGUACCUGAUCCGACAGACGCUCAAAAUGAGGCUCGAGAAUUCGCUUAUCGUGAUUUAUUCUUAUGGGCUAUAUUAACAAAUCGUAUUGAAAUGGCCAAGGUUAUUAUAAGUCAUAUGCAAACACGCAUAUGUUCUGCAUUAAUAGCGUCCAAAAUACUUAAAUCAUAUGUAAGUUUUGCCGUUGAUAAUGAAUCAAAGGAAGUUUUACGUUCCCAAGCUGAACAAUUUGAACAGUAUGCUAUUGAAUCACUAAAAUGUUGUUAUAACUAUGACGAAGAAACGGCAUGUGAAAUUGUUGUUCGCCGUAUUUAUCUAUUCGGUGGUGUUUCAUGUCUUCAAGUAGCUGUUGAUGCUGAUGAUAAAAGUUUUGUUGGUCAACCAUGUUGUGAUCAACUGUUAAAUAAUAUUUGGUAUGAUAAAAUGGAACCACUCGAAUCUACCUCGUUUGAGCGUAUUAAAUUCGUGUCAAGUAUUUUAACAUUUGGUUUAUUCGCACCCGUUAUAAUUUCAUUUCGUCAAGAAAAAUCAGAUUCAAUUGAUUUUGAUAAUGACCGAACAAACAAUUAUGAAAUGACUGUUAAUCAAACAGAAGACGAAACAACACCAUUAUUAUCAAAAACAAGACAAAGAUUAAAUAAUUAUGGUAUAAAUUAUUCUGAUAUUCAUGCUUGGAAAGGAAAUUGUUGUUCAAAAAGAUGUUUAACUUAUCUUCGUCAUUUAAAAGAAUUUCACGAAUCACCAUUUGUUAAAUUUUCAUAUAAUGCUGCUAGUUAUAUAUUUUUUCUCUUACUGUUUUCAUAUUACUUAUUGUUUGAUUUUAAUAUACCAACAGAUGAAGUUCCAAGUAUACAUUGGACAGAAAUUUUAGUUAUUAUUAUAGUAACAACAAUGCUUUUUGAAGAUAUUCGACAAUUUCUGUGGCAAGAUAGUCUAUCGCUAACUGGAAAAUUGUCUAAUUAUUUCAUAAAAAAGAUGUUUUUUAGUUUAACCCGUAUUGCAUCCUAUAUGCUUUUUUAUAUUGGUCUUAUUCUUCGUUUUACAUACGCAUCUACUGACGAAGAAUUAUCAGUUGCAAAAAUUAUUCUUGCUUAUGACCUUGAGAUUUGGUAUAUUCGAUCGUUAGCUUUUCUUGGUAUUGCACGAAACAUGGGGCCAAAACUUGUUAUGAUACGGAAAAUGCUCAUCGAUUUAUUUUUCUUUAUAUAUAUUAUUUUAAUUGCAAUGAUUGCGUAUGGUGUUGCUUCUCGAGCUAUGUAUAAUUAUAGUGAUCCAGACCCGAAUGAUUUAACAUUUGAUGGUCGAUCAAUUUUUCGCAAUAUUCUCUAUCCGACUUAUUAUCUUAUGUAUGGAUCAACAGAUAACGAGUUAACAGCACUUAACCAAAAUCGUGACUUUGCUACAGCUAUUGCUACUCAAGUUUUAUUAGCUGCUCAUAUGCUAUUUGUUAAUGUUCUUCUUAUUAAUCUUCUCAUAGCAAUGUUCAGUUUCACAUUUGACUCAGUUCAAUCUCAAACUGAUCUUGUUUGGCGCUAUGAUCGAUAUGCAUUAAUUCGUGAAUAUUUUGAUCGACCACCACUUUUCCCUCCGUUUAUUAUUCUAACUCAUGUUGCUGAACUUAUUAAAUUAAUUCUACGACAUUCACCAAAAGCAGAUCGUUCAACGAUGAGAAGGAGACAAGCAAAAAUAUUUCAAAUGAUUGCAACUAGUCGAGAAGUAGAUAGAGAUUGGUCAGAAUUUGAAAGCUAUGCGACAAAUCUUUAUGCUCGAACAAUAGUUUCUGGUCAACCAUCAUCAUCAGCUGCUCUUGUGCCAUCAACAGCACGUCAAGAAGCGACUCAAAUAACAUUAGAUCAAAUGAGUACUUCACAAGUAUCACCAAAUUUAGAUAUGAAAGUAAUUACCGAUGAAAUUGCAUCAAUUAAACGAGCUCUUGGAGAUCUUCGAACACAUUCUGAAGAAAUGAAUAGAUGUAUGCAAUGGAUGAUCGAUGCUAUGGAGCGCGUUAAAAUGUCUAAAGAGCCAAAACCAAAACUGAGAUCAGCAAGAACAACCAUUGAUUUACAACCAGUUGACGAAUGA